AUGGACUUUUCCUCGACGACAAUCCUCUCCGUCCUUGGUGCUUCUGUCGCGACUAUCCUCUUUGGUACCUUCAUCAUGGGUCUUUUUGGCGGAAACAAGAUGCCCGUUGAGGGCAAGACGGUCCUUCUCACCGGCGCAUCCGAGGGAAUGGGUCUCAGCGUGGCCAAGAAGCUGUCUGCCAAGGGCGCAAACAUCAUCCUUGUCGCCCGAAGUGUCGGCAAGCUCGAAGCUGCCCUCGCAAUUGUCAAGGCCGCGGCAAAGAACCCUGAAACCCAACGCUUCCAUUAUGUCUCGGCCGACGUCUCCGUCCCUUCAUACGCCGGCCCUCUCCUCGCGGAGGCCAUCAGCUGGAACAAUGGCAAGAGCCCCGACAUCGUCUGGACCCUUGCCGGCAUGGCCUACCCCGAGCUGUACAUCGACAUGGAGAUGGAGUCGCUGCGACGGCACAUGGACGUCAACUUCUACGGCACCGCCGAAAUGUCCCACGCCAUCCUCCGCGAGUGGCUCGCCCCUAACGCCCCCGUCGAGAAGGAGCCCAAGCACCUCAUCAUGACCUCGAGCGUCGUCGCCUUCUACUCGCCCCCCGGAUACGGCCCGUACACACCCGCCAAGUAUGCUCUGCGAGGUCUAGCCGAGACCAUCUCCCAGGAGGUCAAGAUGUACCCCCAGAACGUCGAGGUCCACGUCGUUUACCCUGGCACAAUCCUCACCGAGGCCAACAAGCGCGAGAACGAGGUCAAGCCCGAGAUUACAAAGAUCAUUGAGAAGGACGACCCCCAACAGACACCAGACGAGGUUGCCGAGAAGGCUAUCCAAGGACUCGAGAACGGAGAGUACUUUAUCACUGUGGCUUUCCUGGGCACCCUCAUGAAAUGGGGUGCUUUUGGUGGCGCAUCCAAGAACAACGCCAUCGUUGAUUUCUUUGGCUCUCUGCUGGCACUGUUUGUCUGGAUAUUUGCCCGGAUUGACAUUGAUAGCAAGAUUCGAAAGUACGGCAAGGUUCAUGGUCAUCCUAGCACGUACAAGAGGAAGAGACCCCAAGAUUUGUGA